AAUGGUUCCACGCGCAAACAAAUGUCUACGGAUACAGCUGCAGGAAUGCAGUGCACAUAGUGAUAUUCAUGUUGCUGACAGGGUAUACAUUUAGAUUUCAGCAUGUGGCUUAAACCUGAAGAAGUGCUUUUGAAAAAUGCACUGAAGUUAUGGGCGACCGUGAAAUCCAAUGAUUAUUUCAUACUGCAGAGACGACGGGGAUACGGUGAAGGAAGUGGCGGUUUGGCAGGGCUCCUUGUGGGAACUCUGGAUGCUGUGCUCGACUCUACGUCCAAGGUCGCACCCUUCCGCAUCCUGCACCAGACCCCCGACUCGCAGGUCUACUGGAUCAUAGCAUGUGGCGCUUCUGAGGAGGAGAUCACUCAGCACUGGGAGUGGCUGCAGCAGAACAUCAUGCGAACUCUCUCCGUGUUCGACUCCAGCGAUGACAUCACCAGCUUCGUCCAGGGCAAGAUCAGAGGUCUGAUCGCUGAGGAGGGGAAAGUAAGCCUGGUGCAGGAGGAGGACCCAGAGAAGUUUCGUGAGGCGCUGCUCCGCUUCGAGUCCUGGUUUUCGCUGCCCGCCAAGGAGAAGCUGGUGACCUACUACUCGUGCAGCUACUGGAGAGGCCGCGUCCCAUGCCAGGGCUGGCUCUACCUCAGCACCAACUUCCUCUGCUUCUACUCCUACCUGCUGGGCAAUGAAGUGAAGCUGGUGAUCUCGUGGGUGGAGAUCAGCCGGCUGGAGAAGACGUCCAGCGUGCUGCUGACUGAGAGCAUCCGCGUGUGCUCGGGUGGAGAGGACCACUGCUUCUCCAUGUUCCUCCACCUGCAGCAGACCUUCCUCCUGAUGGAGCAGCUGGCCGACUACGCUGUCAGACGGCUCAUCGACAAGGAGACGUUUCCGAGCGACCACAUUCUUACUGAUCCACUGCAAAUUACCAAAAGGGGACUGGAGACUCACGCCAGGAACGAGGCCUUCCGGGCGUUCUUCCGCCUCCCGCGCGAGGAGAACCUCCUGGAGGUCUACGAGAGCUUCCUGUGGGUCCCCUUCAGUCACUUCAACACGCUGGGCAAGAUCUGCGUAUCGGAGAACUACCUCUGCUUCGCCAGCCAGGACGGCAGCAAGUGCCACCUUAUCAUUGCAAUGCGAGAGAUUCUGAGUGUGGAGAAGCCUGACCGCAGUAGCCGGGCCCUGACCGUGUGUAUGCGGGGGAAGCGAGCGCUGCGUUUUUCCGAGGUCCGUGACUUUGAGCGUCUGGCCGGCACCAUCCGCAGACAGUGUGGGAACACUGCUAGUCCCCAGCACUCCGCCUCCAGCCAGAUGCUGCUGGAGUGUGGUGAGGAUGAAGAAGGGCUGAUGGUUGGCCAGAAGGACAGCAGUAAGACGGUCAGCACAGAGGCCCUAAUGAAUGUCUUCCAUCCCCAGGAUGCUGAAAACCUCGACCCGAAAAUGCUGAAAGAGAAGAUGAAGGAGCAGUCUUGGCAGAUCCACUUUGCGGAGUACGGACGUGGAACCAGCAUGUUUUGCACAAAGAAAACCAGAGACCUUAUUGUGCGGGGAGUACCAGAGUCACUACGAGGAGAGCUGUGGAUGCUGUUCUCAGGAGCAGUAAAUGACAUGGCGACCCACCCUGGCCAUUACUCUGAGCUGGUGGAGGCGUCCCUGGGCACCAGCUCUCUGGCCACUGAUGAGAUUGAGCGUGACCUUCACCGCUCUCUGCCUGACCACCCAGCAUUCCAGAGCGACACCGGCAUAUCAGCCCUACGGAGGGUCCUCACGGCGUACGCCUACCGAAACCCCAAGAUAGGCUACUGCCAGGCUAUGAAUAUCCUAGCAUCUAUGUUACUGUUGUAUGCCAAGGAGGAAGAAGCCUUCUGGUUACUGGUUGCUGUAUGUGAACGGAUGCUUCCAGACUAUUUCAACCGCAGGAUCAUUGGCGCACUGGUUGACCAGGCCGUCUUUGAGGACCUGAUCCGAGAGCACCUGUCCCAGCUGACGGAGCAUAUGACGGAUCUGACGUUCCUGUCGUCGGUUUCGCUGUCCUGGUUCCUGACACUCUUCAUCAGCGUGCUACCCAUCGAGAGUGCGGUCAACGUGGUCGACUGCUUCUUCUUUGACGGCAUCAAGGCCAUCCUGCAGCUGGGACUGGCCACCCUCGACUAUAACAUGGAAGCUCUGCUCUGCUGCAACGACGACACAGAGGCCGUCACCAUCCUCAGCAGGUUUUUUGACAGUGUGGCUAAUAAAGACAGUCCCCUGCCUGCCACUGUCCAGCAGGCCCCAGUGGGAAGCAACAACAGAGCGGCUCAGAGAGUGGACAUCAGUGACCUCAUCAGGGAAGCAUAUGAGAAAUAUGGAGAUAUCAAAUCCGAGGAAGUCGAGAGUAUGAGGAGGAGGAACAAGCUGUACGUAAUCCAAACACUAGAGGACACAACCAGACAGAAUGCGGUCAGGGUGGUGGCCCAGGAGGUCAAGUUCAGCGCUUCACACAUGGAUGAGCUGUAUGUGCUGUUCAAGAGGCAGCACUUCCUGAGCUGCUACUGGACGGUGAGCAGCCCAGCGCUGCAGCACCAUGACCCGAGCCUGCCCUACCUGGAGCAGUACCAGCUGGGCCGAGCCCAGUUCACCAGCCUGUUCCUGCUGCUGCAGCCCUGGAGCCCCGGCGCCUACACGCACACGCUCGCCCGCUGGACCUUCCGCCUGCUCGACGACAACAACGAUGGCCUCGUCAACUUCCGCGAGUUCUGCCGAGCCCUGGAUAUACUCUACAGUGGUUCCUUCACAGAGAAGCUGAAAUUCCUCUUCAAGAUGCAUCUGCCACCAGCUCCUGUUCUCUUAGCCUUCACAGACAGUGAUGUCUCUAAAGCCUGCCAGCCUUCUCAGUCUGUCCCACUGGACGAAGAGCUCCCUAACUUCACCCGCCUGACUGUGUGCUCUCCGGACAGUCCUGACGAUGGAGUGAUAAGGAAAAGCCCAGAGAAGGGCCGCGGGAAGGUGGACCUGCAGGCUUAUCUGAAGCAGUGGCAAGAUGAGAUCCAGAGGAAGGAGGAGAGCAUUAAAGACUUGCCCAGAAUUGAUCAGGCCCAGUUUAUCCAGCUGUCUAAGACUCUGUACAGCCUGUUCCAUGGCGACCCGGAGGAGGAGGCGCUGUUCCGCGCCGUGGCCCGUGUCACCAGCCUGCUGCUCCGCAUGGAGGAGGUGGGCCGCCGGCUGCAGGAGGACUUGGCACCCUCCCAGACCUCCUCCACCAGCCCACAGUCCCCCAGCCCCAGCAAGACCCCUAGCAGUGCACCGCCGCCGCAAACCGCCAGCCCUGUAGAGGGCGCUGUCGAGCAGCUACAGACCCUCCAGGUAGACCAGGACCCGUCCAGCCCUGGGCAAGUCACCUCGGACGGGGGAGCCCCCUCCUCUCCCGACGGAACCUCGGACCCCCCCUCAUCCAGCACCAUGGAAACAGAGCCGGCCAACACGCCCUCGGAGCACACGGCGCCGCCCAGCCCGCAGGCCAUGGACUGGUCCUUCUCCUUCGAGCAGGUCCUGGCGUCGCUCCUCAACGAGCCUGUCCUGGUGCGCUUCUUCGAGAAGCCCGUGGACGUCCAGCGCCACCUGGACCGGGCCAAGAGAGACCAGCUGAAAGCACAGAUCAACAAGUAAGGAUCCGGCACAGACGAAGCUUCUAACUGCCCCACCUGAAAGCCAUACACAUGACACUCCAGCCUCAGCAUUUUGGUUCCUUUUGUUCCCUUUAGCCUGGGAAUGGUCGCUGUGCCCAGCUUUAUUCUCUGGUAGAGAGGCAUUGACAUGAUUAGGGUUUUUAUUUUCCCACAAUGACUAAAAAAGAGAAUAAGAAUUUAACAGUCAUUGGUUUUUCAUUACGUCGUGUCUUGUUGAGUACUCGUAGAAUGACACCAGCCGGACUCAUAACUCUGCCUCUAUGUCAGUUAGCCUUAAUACUCACUGCAAAGCACAUGAAUACACUAAAAUACACACAUUCACACACAUAUGUACAAACAUUAAAACAUUAUCAUGCUUUACAUACUCUGUAGAUACAUACAUACAUACUUUGCCUCAACAUCAACCUUGAACUGACCUAAACCUACUGUAAGCCUGUGUAAAGAGGGCUUGUUGUAGAUGUGUCAUAUGUAGGUGGUGGUCGUACUGACUCUUAGGGUCUAUGGUAAGUUCCUCGUCACAUGAUCCCUUGGUUUCGGUCAUUCUUUGGUCAAUAGUGACAUUUCUUCAGGAUUAAAUCUUAGCAUCACCGAUCAGGUAUGUAUUGUUUAGUACAAUAAGGGAUUAUUAUGUGCUGUGUGUGUGUGUGAUCUACGGUAAGGUUAGAUGUAAAUAUGUGUCAAUAAGGUGCUGAGUUUCUGGUUUGUUUGUUAUGUUAUGUUAUGUUUUGUUUUGAUUUGUUUUGUGUUCUGCUGUUUUGUUUACUUGUUGGCUCUGUGGCAUGGGAUGGUGCAUGAGCAUGCAAAAGGGAAAGGUCUGAUUGGCCCGCUGUCAUUGGACCAAUCCUCUAAGUUGCCAUCAGAGGCGCCGUAAACACCUUAUCGGAACUCUAUUAUGAAAACCUGAAUGCAUUUACGUACAUUCUUGUUAAUAUAUUUUAAUUGUAUUUUAUUGCGUAUUGACAUUGCAUUCAGAUGAGUGUACCUUAUUUCUGUUAUGUUUUUAUUUGUCAGACUAUAGCUUUAUUGUUGAUGAAAAUCAUUUAUUUUGUUGCUAAGUGUGACCAUGCGCAUAUGCUCAUAUGGGGCUGCUAUAGAGUCUGCAUGAGUUCAAAGGGAGUUUUGACUCUGAGUCAUUAUCAAAAAUUAUAUUCCACAGUGCUUCCAAUGGAGCUUGGCUCUAAGAGGACCAACUGCAAAAGUCACUCAAUGCAUUAAGCCAUAGAUGGAGUCCAGAUAAAAAGACUCUCAAUCAAUUAUUAAAGUUAUAAGAUGUUACAGAGAUGUCUAUGAUAUGAAGAUAGAUCUAAUGUGGAUUAAUAUGUAGAAAUGUGUAGUUUCCAUUUAUUUAUAUGAAAAUAUAAAGCAGAGCCACUGAAGUUGGAUCAAAGAAUGCUGUUAAUUGCAGUUUUUUUUUUUUAUUAUUAUUAUUUUUUUAAUUAGGAAAUAGACUACAUGUUUUUCUAAUUGAAAGGAGAACUUGAAAUAUGCUUUAGUGCAUUACUAAUACUGUUUGUAUGGGGAGACCACUUACACAUGUUUAGUGUAAUGAACAAGUCCUUUCCUAGUGGACUGAAGGGGACAUUUGAUCAGAUGUCCCUUUAAAAUCACAAGAACAAAGUAUUGUGGUAAAAACCUGAUGAAGCUGUCACUUGAAAAUGAAGCAUUUAAUUUGCGAAGGACCGUAAGAUGUCUGUGGUCUUCACAAUGGCUAUACGGACAACACCCCACAGACUUUUGACUUAAUUCAGACGUACGUGGAAUAUGUACUGUAUAUGUGUUGAUAAUGACACAUAAUUUGAAACAUUCUCGUGUUUUUUUUUCUCAUCAAUCUGCUGUCAACAUGUUUUGAUUUACAGGUGCCAAUUUCAGUCAACUUAUCUGUGCAAUGAUUGUAAAAUAUCUGCAGACUUUGUUAAAUAUGUCUUAAAGGUGUUGAAAUGUAUCUGUUUGUGCCUAUCACAGAAGUCACUUUAUGUAGAUGUCUCUUGUCUCUUAUAAGGAAAUAAAUAAAUACCGUC